CUCUCCUCCACAAGUUUGCGGAGCCACGACGCGGCGCGCAGACAGUCUGUCCGCAGCGGAGCGAAGACACGCGCCACUCACUCGGCCUCCCUCUCCCGGUCUCCUCUCCGCCAUGAGCGCCACCAUGACCUCAGACGCCACCUUUUUCUCUGCCAUACAGCCCAACACCUCGGUCACCACCUACGCCCUGCCGUCCGACGUCCAGAUCGGGAAUGCGGGCUCCCUCUCGGACGAGGUGUCCAAGGCGCGGCGGGUCCAGCAGCAGGUCCAGAUGCGCCUGGCGGAGAAGUCCACGCUUCCGCGUCAGAACGGCUCGACCUCUCACUACGCCUCGUCAGAGUAUGGUGGCUCGUCGACAAUGAAAUAUCAUACCCUCACCCCGAAUUUCAGCUCAAAAUCCCACAUGUACGCCAGUGGCGCCAAAACAAUGGGUCCACGCGUCUCCCAGAGGACGGGCUUCAGUGCCCGGUCAGCCGGUCCAGACCUGGCUCAGUUCCACAGGAUGAGUAUGGGCAGUGGAGUUGCCGGAGGUGGGGGUUAUUAUGUCGAAGAUAUACGCAUGAGACAGCCGAGCCGAAUGGAGUCGGGCGGCGACAUGAUCACCAUGCAGUCGAUGCGGCAGCAGGUGUCGCAGGUGAAUCCCUGGUUGAUGGACAACAGUGAUGCCAGCAGCAUGAUCUCUGACCGGGACGCCACCUACGGCCGCCAGUAUGCUCACAGCGCCGUCAACGGCCACACGUAUCAGAUGAGGCAAACGGGAGGCACCAUGCCGAUGCUCGGAACCAUGCGCCGGUCUCUCAGCGGCACUCUCUCUCGUUCCGGAGGAGGAGGAAUGAUGGGAGGAAUGGCGGGAGGAAUGACGGAGAUCGUCCAGCAGCCGUCCUACAAAGGUCCCGCCCAUCGCACCAUCAACAGGAUCACAAACCGAACCAACCGGAUGAGCAUGGGCUCAAUGUCUGGCACCAUGCAGCAGUCCACAGCCGGCAGCAGCUACGGCGGUGGAGAGAGGGUGGACGGAGGCUUCCUUGUCGGCACAAUGAGCUCCGCGUCCCAGCGGAACCUGUCGAUGCCGCGCCAGGGCACCAUAUCCCGGGCCAUGUCCAUGAAGAGCGUGCAUAGCGUGGGCAGAGGCAUGGAUAUGGGAGCCAGCAUUGGCAACCUCAGCGGGAUCGCGACCCUGGACAUGGCCACAGCCGUGCAAAACCUGAGGGAGGUCGACGACCCUGAAAUGCAGGUCCUGGGAGCCGCCUACAUUCAGCAUCAGUGUUACAACGACAGCGAGUCUAAGGACGAGGUGCGUCAGCUGAAUGGCAUCAGCGACCUGGUGCGGCUGUUCAACAGUCCCAACCCAGAAGUGCGGCGCUACGUCACGGGCGCCACGCGCAACCUCAUUUAUGAGAACAUGGAGAACAAGAAGGCUCUGAUCGAAGAGGGCGGCAUCACGGAGCUGGUGAAGGCGCUCGGUGAGACGGACGACGAGCUCAGCAAAAACAUCACAGGGAUCCUGUGGAAUCUUUCAUCCAAAGACAACCUAAAGGAGAAACUGGCCAGAGAGACGCUUCCUGAGCUGACUGAAAAGGUCCUCAUCCCUCUGUCCGGAGAGCUGGAGGACUCGGAGAAGAUAAGCGACGGGGGACCAGGGGGCAUCGAUCAGUCCCCGUCUCAGGCGGAGAUCUUCUGCAACACUACGGGAUGCCUCAGGAAUCUGAGCUCUGUGAGCGAGAAGACUCGUCAGAUGAUGAGAGAAACUCACGGGCUGGUCGACUCGCUGGUGAACUACGUCCGGGGCUCCAUCGAGAAGAAUAAAGCCGAAGAGAAGGGGGUGGAGAAUGCCGUGUGUGUCUUGAGGAACCUCUCCUACCAGCUCUACAAUGAAAUUCCUCCGUCUGUUUCGCGGCGCCUGGAAGGGCCGACCAGAGAUCAGGACUCGGGAAAGAAUGACACCGUCGGCUGUUUUGCGCCUCAGAGCAGGAAAGCCAAAAAUAAGAGGAACACGAGUCAGCACACUUACUCUGCAGUCUCCCGGGUGCCGAAGGGCAUGGAGUGGCUGUGGCACCCGCAGAUCGUGGGCGUGUACAACCGCGUCCUGCAGACGUGCGAGAUCAACAGCACCACCCGCGAGGCGGCCGCCGGAGCGCUGCAGAACAUCACGGCCGGAGACUCCAUGUGGGCCUCACAUCUGGCCCGCGUGGCUCUGGAGCAGGAGCGCAUGCUGCCCGUCGUGCUCGACCUCCUGCGUAGCAACAGUGACCUGGAGCUGCGCUCUCUCACGGGCUUCCUCAGAAAUCUGUCCCGCCACGCCACCAACAAGGACGACAUGUCCACAAAGUCGGUGAACAGCCUGGUUUCCAAACUGCCUGAUGACGGGUACAAGAAGACGCCCUCCAGCGACGUGGUGGUCAACAUCUGUGGCGUUCUGAACAACCUGGUGACCUGCAGCUCCAUGGCUGCCAGGGACAUCACCUUCUUCGACGGCCUGAGCAAACUGAUGGGCAUCAAGAACUCCCACGACAACAGCCCUGGGAAGGUGAAAGCAGCCAAAGCAGCAGCCACAGUUCUCACCAACAUGUUCAACUACAAGAAGCUGCACAAACAGUACGAAGCGAAAGGGUUUACAAGAUCGGAUUUUACAGACAUUAUCAUCUAAAGCAAAGAUAACAAAGGGCUCGGCCUUUAUCUACUGUACGCUGAUAAGAACGGGAACAGGAGGGGCGGAGGAGCAAUUCAGCGGACAACGCCCUCUCUUCCCUCUGGGUUUUUAAUCCAAAUGGACAUUAGAAAAAAAAGAAAUGUGGAUCCAGGACUGUCAAUGGACUCUAAUGUGUGCACCUUAAGCCAUUUACUCUUUGUUUGAACACUGUGUGUGUGUCGAGGUUAUAAUCAGGGAACUUCUUCCUUCUGCCAGAUCGAUCAGUACUUAGAAAGCUGAUUGACAAUGUACGAAGGUAAGGCGUGUGCCUUAUCUCAUCACUGUUGCAUCUCAUCUCAAGCUUGAAUGUAACAAAUGUGGUACUCAUUUGGCCUUUUUUUUUUUUGUAAAUAUUGAUUCUUCUUUCACACAGAAUUUUUUUUUUAUACUUUAGUACUUUGUAGUUGAGAUUGAUGUGUAUACAAGUCAAAAUUAUAUUAUUUUUGAAUGUAAACCAGAGAUUUAUAAAGAGAUUUGGAUGUAUAUAAAUGUAUUUUGGGGGUUAAUGCUGACAAACUUGACUUUUAUAUUUACAAAUGUGCUUUUUUUUCCACUUACAAGAUCUUAUGUCUAAAAAAAAAAGUUUUCAUGUGUAAUUUUGAGAAUGUGAGUGAAUCAGGGGUGGAGAAAGUACUUUUCUAGCUUUUCUGCAAACAAAUAAGAGCAAUACUUUUGAUGUUUUUGUAUUUUUUAUGAAAAACAGAGUUCAAAGUUUAACAACUUGUAAGACCGGACAUUGAAAAAUAUA